AUGGCCAGUGUAUCCAUCGGAGACAUUGUUCUCUGUAGUCAAAUAGCCUACCGUCUCAUCACCGCUGCAACUUCUGGUCGGAAGAAUGCGCCGCGCGAUCUGACAGAACUCAACAACACGCUUUUAGCCCUGAGUUUCUCACUGGCUCAUUUGCAAAAGACCUGCACUGGGAUCCUAUCUCGAAACACAACCCAGGAGACUAAUGCCCGCGAUAUACAAGAACACUUAGGGCUGAUGGUUCGAUCGUGCCGUCAAACCCUCGAAGACCUCGAACGAAUGACGGCCAAAUACCGCGACACUAUAAAAGACCCCACCGAAAUAUCAAGCAGUGCCAGUCCCGGCUCCAUCUAUCGAGCCAAAGUGAGAAUCCAAUGGCGAAGAUUUAUGUGGGACUUGAGAGAGGAGUCGUUGACCCGCUAUCGACACAAGCUUGAGACCCAUACGGCUGCAAUUAACCUGAUGUUGAGCACAUGCAUAUGGUCAACUGCCGAUCGCAUUGAAGAGGACGGCAGGCGUCAAGCUCAAAGACUCGACGAAUUACUCCGUCGCACAUCUCAUGUCGACGGCACAUUCUCUCGUCUGAUGCAGAGUAUCCAUCUGCCUAUGAGACUCGGCAUCCCCCGUAUCAUCCUCAUCCUCAGUGCUAUCAGGCUCAACGUUGCACGAUGA